CCGAGCCUUUUGUACCAACGAGCGAGCGAGCUUCCGGACCAGCAGCCUUUUUCUAUUUAUCAUUUCAGAACUUUCCACCAGCCAUGUCAGACGAGCGUUGUCCAUCUCCAACCCCCCUGAAGCAGUCCACCAUCAUGUCUCCCCAGGACGCCGCGACGGGGAAGAAAUCUCACUGGUCCCAACUGGAGAUAACUGGCGGGGUCAGACAUCUCAGCAGCUCGCUAUGGAGGCUCUCCCACCUCACGGCACUUUACAUCAACAACAACCACCUCACCUCCCUUCCGCCUGACAUCGCCUGCCUGCACCGACUGGAGUACCUGAACGUGUCGUGCAACCAGCUCUGCACUCUGCCCUCCGAGAUCGGCACCGUCGUUUCCCUCCGGGAAUUGCAUUUAAACGAAAACAAGUUAAGUGUUUUACCCUUUGAACUGGGUAAUCUGUUUCAAGUACACACUCUGGGGAUUGAAGGAAACCCGCUGUCUGACGACAUUUACAUCCUCCACCAAGAGCCGGAAGGAACCAGAAAGGUCCUGAAUUACUUACUGGACUCCCUUCCAGUGGGUCCUCUCCAACCCUUCCUUAGACCGUGGGUUACUGUUAAACCGCGGAACCAGCUGAUCUCCACAGCCGCGCUCACGGUCAUGUGUUACAACGUGCUCUGCGACAAAUACGCCACUCAGCAGAUGUACGGCUACUGCCCGUCCUGGGCCCUGAGCUGGGAGUAUCGGAAGAAGGGCAUCGUGGAGGAGAUCACCGCUGGGGACGCCGACAUCAUCAGUCUGCAGGAAGUGGAGACGGAACAGUACUACAACCUCUUCCAGGAAGUCCUGAGACCUCUUGGAUACGACGGCUACUUCUGCGCCAAGUCUCGCGCGAAACACGUGAGCGAGCGCGAUCGGAGGCAUGUGGACGGCUGCGCGGUGUUCUACAAGACCGAGAAGUUCACGGUGGUACAGAAACACAUGGUAGAGUUCAGCCAGAUAGCCCUGGCCAACUCCAACGGCUCAGACGACAUGCUUAACAGAGUCAUGACCAAGGACAACGUCGGCGUGGCAGUGCUUCUGGAGGUCAAUAAGGAAAUGUUCACUGGAGGGCUGAAGCCUGUGGUGGACAGGCAGCUGAUCCUGGUGGCCAACACCCAUCUGCACUGGGACCCCGAGUACUCGGACGUCAAGCUGAUCCAGACUAUGAUGUUCCUGUCCGAGCUGAAGACCAUCGCGGAGAGGGCCUCUGGCGUCUGCUGGGCCCCCACCAAUUGUCCCCCCAUCCCCAUCGUCCUGUGCGCUGACCUCAACUCCCUGCCAGACUCUGGUGUGGUGGAGUACCUGAGCAGCGGGGCGGUGUCGGAGAUCCACACAGACCUGAAGCAGCUGACGUACAGCAAGUGCCUGAGCAACUUCAGCUGCUCCGGGAAGAACGGGAAGCCCAACGGCAGCAUCACGCACAACUUCCACCUGAAGAGCGCCUACGAGACCAGCCUGAUGCCUUUCACAAACUACACCUACUUCUUCAAGGGCAUGAUCGACUACAUCUUCUUCAGCCAGUCCCACCUGAGCGUCCUGGGCCUGCUGGGGGCCCCUGAGGGCCCCUGGCUGUCCCAGAACAUCGUCGGGUGUCCCCACCCGCUGGUGCCCUCCGACCACUUCUCUCUGCUGGUCCAGCUGGAGCUGCACCCGCCCCCGACCCCGCCCCCUGCGACUCGGCCAAUCAGACGCCACGGCGGGUUACAGUUCCUACGAAAGGGCAGGACACUGAGCCUGCAGGAGGCCCAGGGCUUGGGGAAUCCUGUGGGUGCUCUGCUCCAUUGUGCUACUUAACACUGACACAAGUUUCUGGACUGGUUCACUGAAGAGGUGGAAAGUUCAGUUGGACGGUUGGGACACAUUUUCUUGCACACUUAGUUUUUCUUUUACCUUUCAAUGAUACCUUUUUUAUAAAUGUUCAAAAACGUAUGUGAGCCUUUCAAACAGACCAUUGCUAUAUCAUGCACUUAAACAUGGUGGACGUGUUCAACUAGGCGUUGAAACAGAGUUGGCACGGUAGGAGUGGAAACAAUAAAAACAUUUUUUUUUAACAUAUUAAUUAGUGUCAUGCAGUACACCUGUGUUCAGCCCUAAUGCGCCAGCUCUGUGAUGAAGUCAUAUCAGCAAUACCAUCAAAAGAUAACAUUGAUUCAACCCAGAACCUCUAAAACUACAUGGUAAGCUUAAAGUGGUGCCAGUUGAACGGAAUGAAGGGAUGCAUGAUGGGAUACAUGAUGGGGUUCACGAUGUGUAUACUUGAAGUUCGGGGGAGGGAUAGGGAGGGGGGGGUUUAGGGAUGUGUAAACCUAUUUAUGUGAAAAAAAGAAAUAAUAUAUGGGCCCAGGUGCUUUGUUCUCUAUAUUGCCCGAAGGCAAUUCAUUUUAUUUCCCUUGCACUCUUGCAACCAUCUGGUGGCUCUUUAUGUUUUGCUUUACAAAAAUGUAAUAUUAGAAGAAUUUGUAUGGAUAUAUAUUUUGUACGUGAAGAUUAUUUUUUGAGAAUUUAAUUUGUAUGUUAAUUACAAUUUGUAGUUGGAAGAAAUAAGAAAAUGUUACCUGAAUAAAGGAAAUAUACUAAUG